GAGCUUGGUGGGGAUGGUAGUUUUUUCGGGCGGCCGGGAAGUCCUUGACCUGCCCACGGUGGCCCCCUGCUGGACCAGCUGGGAGGAAGGAGGUUGGCAAGCGGAGCAUCCCGAGGAAGGACAGCCUGGACUCCUCGCAACCAGAAGGAAAAUGAAGGGGGCCGCGCGGCCAUGGGUCCCCGUGUCCAAGCUGGGGGGACAUGGGAUGGAACGAGGGAAACCCCUGGCCCCCUCCACGCCAGGGGGGAUGAAGGCCUCUAAGUCUUCCACCUCCCUCGCCUUCGACUCUCGGCUCAGCAAGCUGAAGAGGGCCAGCAGCGAAGACAUGCUGACGAAGCCGGGGGUCGCCACGGCCUCGGGGGGCUCCCGGCUGAAGAAGACGGUCACCACCGGGGCCAUUGCCGAGCUGGCCGAGAACCGCCUGCGUCCCAGCACAGGUCCCGUCCCGUCCUCCAAGCGGACCGGAAUCCCAGCCCCUCGAGAGCUGCCCACCUCCGUCGCCCGAGAGAAGGCUGUCCUGCGCCCCCGGAGAGCCCAACCCAGCCCGACCUCGUCCGGGACUCCGACCCCCACCAAGCACUCGCGCCCGGCCCUCAAGUCCAAGCAUGAGGCGGACGGGGUCGACCAGGCGGCCCUGGAGUCCCGGGUCAGGGAGCUGGUGGCCGAGGCCAAGACGAAAGACUCGGAGAUCGCCAAGCUCCGGAACGAGCUGAAGAAGAGGCAAGGCCAGGGGCCGGCCCGUGGCGACCUUGAUGGGUGGCUGGACCGGAAUCCGGACCCUCUGCCGGCCGAGGGGGAGGCGCUGAUCCGGGCCCUGCAGGAGAAGAACCGGCAUUUCCAGCAGGAGCUUUUGAAUCUCGGAGAAGAGAACCGGCAGUUGAAAGAGAAACUGAGCCACCCGGAUCCUUCCCCGCUGUCGGACACCUCGAGCAGCCGCGGCGGGCAGGGCAGCUUCCUGACGCCCACCACGCAAGACUCCAGCUUUGGAAGCCCGACCCGACCCUUGCCGGACGACGGAGGCCCCCCGUGCCUGAAUGGGCCCCCGUUACGGAACUCGGGGUCGUCCAGCAGCGACGUGACCAAAGCCUCCCUCUCGCCCGAUGCCUCGGACUUCGAGCACAUUACGGACGUGCCGUCGAGGCCACCGUCGGCCAACGGCCACCCCUUCCAGACCUCCCGCUGCUCCCCCUCGGGCAGCUCCCCGAACAACGCCAGCGACCUCUCGGUGGCCUCCCUGACGGAGCGGAUCCAGCGGAUGGAGGAGAACCACCACUGCACGGCCGAAGAGCUGCAGGCCACCCUCCAGGAGCUCUCGGACCAGCAGCAGAUGGUCCAGGAGCUGACGGCGGAGAACGAGAAGUUGACGGAAGAGAAGGCCCUCUUGGAGAACUCCUUCAGCCAGCACCGGGAGCGGGCCGAGAAGCUCAGCCAGGAGAACGAGAAGCUGCUGGCCCGGCUGGACGCGCGGCCCGAGAACGGCGAUGCCGAGGAGAGCAAAGCCAAGCUCGGGGAGCUGGAGCAGAAGUGCGCCGAGCUGCAGGAGAAGGCCCGGUUCGAGAGGGAGAAGAUGCUCAACAUCCAGCAGCAGCUGACCAGCAGCCUUCGGAGCCUGGAGAAGGAACACCAGGGGGUCCAGGCCACCGCCAAGAGCCUGAAAGACGAGAACGCCCGGCUGGGAGCCCUGCUCGAGGCGGAGCGGCAGAGCGGGGCCACCUUGGCCAAGACCUUGGAGGACUGCAAGGUCGCCUUGGAAGGCCUGAAGAUCGAGAACAGUUCGCUCCGGUCCCAGCUGGAGAGCGAGAGGCAGAAAGCGGCGGCCAUGGACCCCGCGAGCGGCCACCCCCCGAGCCACUCGGACUUCCAGGAGAUGCUGAAGGGGGCCCAGGCUGAGAGGGACCAGUUGGAACGCACUUGCACGGAGCUGAAGCAGGAGUUGUUGAAGGCGCACAGCGAGGUGAAAAGUGUGCAGCGACAGCUAGCCAAGGUUGAGAAGGAACACGGCCAGCUGAAGGAGACCAGCGACCGGCAGGCCGAGCAAUUAAACCACACGAACCUCCAGCUGCAGGAGAAAACGUCGGAGAACGAAACGGAGAUCAAGAAUCUCAAGGAGACCAUCUUUGAACUGGAAGACCAGGUGGAGCAACACCGGGCCGUCAAACUGCACGACAACCAACUCAUCCGUGACUUGGAGGAUACUCUGAUGAAACUGGAGGAACAGAAAGCAGACUUGGAAAGGCAGCUGAAACUCCUGAACAGGCAGAUCAAGGAAGACACGGAGGAGUGGCGCCGUUUCCAAGCCGACCUCCAGACCGCCGUCGUGGUGGCCAACGACAUCAAGUGCGAGGCCCAGCAGGAGCUGCGUGCCGUCAAGCGGCGCCUCCUUGAGGAGGAGGAGAAGAGCGCCCAGCUGCAGAAGGAGCUGGAGGAGGCCCUAGGAGGGACCAGCAGAUCUCUGAUCCCAGUCAAUUAACCAAGCCAUGAGAGAACGAGGCUGGCCAAACUCAGUAGCCAAGGCCUGUGAUCUCUUCUGCAGCUUGAAGAACAGAUACUGGGAUUUUAUCCCGAAA